AUGCUUGGCUUAUCUGAAACGACCAUAAAGGACCUCGCGAAGGCGGGAGACGGGCAUAAGAGCCUCUGCCACGACAGCCUGCGCAAGCGGCCCAGACUGCCCGAGGCGCUGCUGACGCUCCGGGCGCUGCUGUCUGGCGCGCAGGGCGGGGCGGGGGUGGAAGAAGCUGCGCUGGCCUUUGGAGACGAGGCCGCUGCGGCAGCCGCCCGCACCACCGGGUACGAGCCUUCGCCGCUCUCGGUGCAGGUGCGCGGCAUGCGCACGGGCGGCGACGCGCAGGCGCGCAUCCAGGGCAACAUGCUGCUCGCCUUCAAGACGCUGAUGCCGCGCCUCGACGCCGUCUACGCCUCGCGCUCUGCGGCGGCGCCCGACGGCUUCGAGGAGCGCAUCAACUAUUGGCACCGCGAGUGCGGCUUGCCGACCGAGCUACGGAGCCAGCUGCACUCGCUGCGCAUCUGGGCGAACGCGGCGAGGCACCACGACGCGGCGAGCUGGAGGAGGGAUGGGCCGCGGAGCGAGGGGGAGGCGUCGCGGCUCGUGGCCGCGGUGACGGAGGCGAUCGGGGCGAUCGAGGGGUAG